AUGGAAACAGGAACCAGGGGAGAGAAUUUAGAAAUAGGAGGAUUAGAAAUUUCUUCAGAAUCCAUUAAGAAGCAGGAUAAUCCUGUAGUUCAAACCAUUCCCACUAAAUGUUUUGCUCUGGGUGGAAUAGAGGAGAUAGGAAAGAACUGCUAUUGCAUAGAACAUGAUGAUGAGAUACUGGUCAUAGACAUAGGAGUUAAGUUCGUAAACAAACAACAUCUUCCGGGUUUGAGUGGGGUUAUUCCCACCAUGGAUUACCUAAAGAAGAACCAACAAAAGUUAAAAGCCCUGAUAAUAUCCCAUGGACACGAAGACCAUAUAGGCGGAAUAGUCCACGCUCUUAAGCAAAUCAGUUUCCCUGUAAUCUAUACCCCUAUUAUUGCCGCGGAACUUAUAAAAAGAAAGCUUGAUGAUAACGAAAUCCCAGCCCAAAACAUAGUUCUUUAUUCUGAUAAGUCCGUCUUUGCCACUAAACACUUCAUGAUCGACUUCUACAGGGUAAAUCACUCAAUUCCGGAUUCCUUCGGGGUAUCAAUCAUGAGUCCGAAUGGUUUGAUAGUCUGUUCCGGAGAUUUUCGAUUUGACUUUACUAGCCGAAAUGACAAGGUAGACCUAUACAAAAUAGGACAGAUAGCACAGAGAGGAGUUGAUUUGCUUAUGUGUGAAUCAACAAACGCUGAACAGCCCGGAUUUAAUGAUAGUGAAAAAGGUGUUAUUAAUGAACUUCACAACAUUAUGUCUUACGUGAAGGGUAGGAUCAUAAUUACCUUUUUCGCAUCCAAUAUAGGUAGGGUUGAGGAGGUUUUUAAGAUCGCUACCUCUCUUAAUAAGAAAAUAGUUAUUCUUGGACAUUCCAUAGACUCGAAUAUAUCCGCUUCCCAGAGAGUUGGCUAUUUGAAGUUCGACUCUAAAACUCUCAUUUCUUCCAGGGAUGCGGCUUCUUACCCCGACGAUGAAAUACUUAUUAUCUGUACUGGUAGCCAGGGAGAGGAGACUUCUGCUCUGAGUAAUAUCUCUAAGAACAAACACCCCCAUAUCAAACUAAAAUCCACAGACACCAUUAUCUUUUCUUCUAACGUUAUUCCUGGAAACACCUACGCUUUUGAGUCGUUGAUCAAUAGAUUGUGCAAGUCUGGAUGCGAGAUUCACCUUAAUACUCCAUACCUUAGAAUCCAUUCGUCCGGACACGCUGCAAAACUAGAACAGCAGUUGUUUGUGUCAUUAAUAAGACCAAACUUCCUGAUGCCUAUACAUGGGGAAACUAGGAUGCUUAAAUGUUUAUAUAGAAACUGUGUAGAGAUGGGUUUCGAUCCUAAUAAGAUUUUUGUGGUCAAGAAUGGUGAUGUUGUUCACCUGUUAAACAGGGAGGCCUACGUUUCUCAGGAGAAGGUUGAUGCCUUUCCCGUUUACAUAGACGGAAAUGAAGUUACUGCCUCCGGAGAAGAUAUAUCAAAAGCAAGGUCUGAACUUGGAAACAGAGGAUAUUUGUUUAUGCACAUAUUUAUGAAUGGUAAAACAGGCGAAAUUUAUGCCGUCUCCCCUCUGGUAAAUGCUGGAAGCUACUUUGUUUCUGAAUCUAACUUUUCCAAGAAUUUAAACCAUCUUGUUCAACAGGAAAUCAAGCAGAUCACUCGAAGUAAAUUUACAUCAGACGAACUUAGAACAAAAUUGACUCAGACUAUUUCAAAGGAACUUUACGAUAAUAAAAAACAAAAACCUAUUGUUGAAAUCAUUAUUACAGAUGACACCCUGGAAAACAUAACGUCUUCUCCAAUUCUUCCUAAGGACAAAGAGACAUCUUCUGGAGGAACUGGAGAAAAGGAAGAAGGCAAACCUUUGAUGGGUGAAUCUACUGGUUCUCUUGAUGGCGAAGAGUCCGUUGUUUAG